GGCGGCGGGCGCGGACUCCAGUCCGGGUGACCCUGCGUUCUCGCCCUCGGGCUGAGGACCGGCGGAUCUGCGAGCGCAUCCCGCCUCCGGCACUGCGAGCCGCGCGCUCCCUAGCUUCUUGGCGUCGCAGCACGGAUGCCGCGGCGCUUUGGAGAGGCUGUGGGCUCCUGUCCGGGGCGGUGGUCGAGCCGCGGCCGGGGCCUGCGGAGGUCUCUGGGCCAGGACACAUGGAAGCCCACCCACCCAGCCUCAUGGGGCCCCUGGGGUGCUGGUGUGUGUCUUUGCAGGAGUCUGUGACUUUUGGUGAUGUGGCCGUGCACUUCUCACGGGAGGAAUGGCAGUGCCUGGACCCUGGCCAGAGGGCCCUCUACAAGGAGGUGAUGCUGGAGAACCACAGCAGUGUGGCAGGACUAGCAGGAUUCCUGGUCUUCAAGCCUGAGCUGAUCUCCCGGUUGGAGCAGGGGCAAGAGCCUUGGGUCCUUGACCUUCAGGGAGCAGAGGGGAGAGAGGUGCCAAGGACCUCCUGGACAGAUUCUGCUAUUGGGACUGAUGGCGAGCGGGCCUUUGAGCAGGCCUGUGAGGACACAGACACUCUAAAAUCAGAAUUCUGUGCAGCGAUGGUCAAAACCCCUCCACAGGAUUUUCCACUGAGUCCUGUCUUGGGAUACACCUCUGACUCUGAAGUCUGUUCAGAGAAUAAGCCAUGUUCCCUCUUCCAGAAAAACCACUUGAGCACAGGGACUGUGGCUCCCGAAAGGGAUGCCCAGAACCAUGGUGAGCUGGGGAGCAGCAGCCAUCUGGGCUGUCAGCCUGGUAAAAGUCAGGAAGUUACUGCUGGAGGUUCACCCUGGAGGUGUCACAUGUGUGGCAAGAAUUUCAGAUAUACUUCAGAUGUUGCUAUGCAUCCUGAAAUUAAUACACAGGAGAAACUUAGCAGAUGCUGUGAGUGCCAAAAAAAGCUAUCUGAUUGCUUACAGGGGAGACAUCAAAGUAACUGUCAUGGAGAGAGGCCAUACCAAUGUGAGGAAUGUGGGAAAGUCUUCAGGCUGGGCUCACAGCUGACUCAGCAUCAGAGAAUCCACACUGGAGAGAAACCGUUCAAAUGCAUCGAAUGUGGAAAAGCCUUUCGUCUGAGCUCAAAACUUAUUCAGCAUCAAAGAAUUCAUACUGGAGAGAAGCCCUACAGGUGUGAGGAAUGUGGAAAAGCCUUUGGUCAGAGUUCCAGCCUCAUCCAUCAUCAGAGGGUCCACACAGGAGAGAGGCCCUACAGCUGUCGGGAGUGUGGGAAGGCCUUCAGCCAGCAGUCUCAGCUGGUCAGACACCAGAGGACUCAUACUGGGGAAAAGCCCUACCCAUGCCAGGAAUGUGGGAAGGCUUUUAGCCAGAGCUCAACACUAGCCCAGCACCAACGGAUACACACUGGGGAGAAACCUCAAGUCCCCAGAACCCCAGGUAGUCCCAGCCUUGUCACACAUCAGGGAAUCCAUGCUGCAGAGAAGCCAUUCAAGUGUGAUGAGUGUGGGAAGGCCUUCAGGUGGGUCUCCCGCCUUAGUCAGCAUCAACUGACUCACACCGGAGAGAAACCUUACAAAUGCAACAAGUGUGCAAAAGCCUUUGGUUGUAGCUCACGGCUUAUUCGCCACCAGAGAACUCACACUGGAGAAAAACCAUUUAAAUGUGAUGAGUGUGGGAAAGGCUUUGUCCAGGGCUCACACCUAAUUCAGCAUCAACGAAUUCACACUGGCGAGAAACCCUAUGAGUGCAGUGACUGUGGAAAGGCCUUCAGCCAGAGCUCAAGCCUCAUUUACCAUCAGAGGAUCCAUAAGGGAGAGAAGCCCUAUGGGUGCCUCGAAUGUGGUAAGGCCUUCAGUAUGAGCACACAGCUCACAAUACAUCAAAGGGUUCACACCGGGGAGAGGCCCUAUAAAUGCAGCGAAUGUGGAAAAGCCUUCAGUCAAAACUCAACCCUUUUCCAACACCAGAUAAUUCAUGCUGGAGUGAAGCCCUAUGGAUGUAGUGAGUGUGGGAAAGCAUUCAGUCGGAGCUCAUAUCUUAUCGAACACCAGAGAAUACACACUCGAGCCCAGUGGUACCACGAAUAUGGGAAUACCCUUGAGAGUUCUACCCACGUGAGCCGAAAGAAAGUUAAUACUGUGAAGAAACUGCAUAAAUGUAAUGAAUGCGAGAAGAUAUUCAGAUGGCGCUCACAUCUAAUUAUACAUCAAAGAAUUCACACUGGCGAGAAGCCUUAUAAAUGUAAUGAUUGUGGUAAAGCUUUUAAUCGGAGCUCAAGGCUUACUCAGCAUCAGAAAACUCACAUGGGAUAGACCACUCACUUAUAUAAACGUAAAUGUAAACAAACCUAAAGCCUUAAUUUACUUUAGAUGGGAUUAUUAUAGUGACAAGAACUUAGAAUGUUGGGAAAGAUUCAGAAUUGCUCUCAGGUGUCCAAAUUCAUAGAAGUGUGUUCAUUUGCUGGAAUGGUUGACCUUGUCCUGUUUGAUAGAGCCUGUGGUGCCAGCAUCAGAGUGCACAUGCCAGAGUCCUGAGGCCACAGAGGGAGGGCAAUGAGGAAAGCCCUCUGAGCCCUGCUGGAUGAGUGGGUUAGGGGAGUUCCCUGUGUCUGCCUGUAAGCACAGUCGCAGACUGGCUGCAGUGGGAUGGCUGUUGCCAGUGCAUCAGUGCAAAUCCAGAAGAGGGCUACCUAGAAUCCCCUCUGCCUUCACCUGACUCCUGUCCCUUAAAUCUCAUACCCCAUCAAGAGCAACUCAGGGCCAAAAGGCCCCAGUGCCAACUCUUCAGCAGCUGGUCAGUGUGGUUGACAUUUGUUGAGCCCAGAUCUGUGUGGGUGCUCGACGACAGUGCCUGUCCCAGGAGCCUUCUGGCAUCACCUUCCCUCCCUGAAAUCCCAGCCUGUCUGCUCAUCUGAGCUCUGUACAGGUUGGUUGUAAGGACUGAACUGUGAAAUUGAGCAGCUGCUUGGUGUCACUCCCCUCCCCUCCUGUGCUGAGACCCGGAGCCAGCAUCUUCAGCCAAACUAUGUAGGCCUGGGCCUCAGCAGGAGUGGCUCAUUAGCCCACUGGGCCCACCCAGAGACCAGGAUGUAUGCUGUACUGCUGCAUACCAGGUUUUCUCAAUAUGCCUCCUGUUGCUGCAGAAACUGCCAGAUGUAGGAGGGUCUGCAAGCUGACAGGUGAGCCUGUUGCCUCUUCAUGGAGGCUGGCUGGACAUGAAGCCACAGGAUUGGCAUGUUGGCAAGGGCACAUUGGUUCUCACGUCCAGAGUGAUACAGGGGCCCUGACAGUGUACAUUGGGUGCAUCAGUUGAGAGACAGAUGGGGGCCCACUGCCUCUAGUGAGUGGUGAACAAGCCUGCUGUACUGGCAGAUGGCAGGGUGGGGUCACUGCUCAUCCUCUGGGUUUUCUGCCAGCAGCCCAGGUAAAUAGUGGACAGGGCCAGUCAGCACUCAGCACACAGAACGUGUAGGGAAGAUGGCCUCUCCCAGUAGUCUCUCGACUUUGAACUGGAGGCUUGGCUGAGGCUUGGUUAGCUCAGUUUUUGCGUGAGUUGGAUACUCUUAUCAGCACUGGCUAAUCUGACUGACAGGUGGGGGCCACAUCUUUCGCUUUAUCUCACAGAGCAUCUAAUUGAGGCCUCCAAGCCCAGGAUGAGGCCCACCUGCGGUGUGAUUCCAGCUCUGCCUCAGGGGACCAGGAGUCUUAUUCAGACACAAGCUACUUCCCAGUAACAACCACUCAAGACCUGCUGGUCCUUGGAGUCUUUGCCAAUAAUCAUGGGCAGAAUCUGGGCCAGAGAGACCUCCAUCCUGAUGGAGAGGCCCACUUCUCCCAUGUGCAGACAGGUAACUCAGAGGGACAUAGGUCACUUCAUGAUUUAUGCAACAGUUGAUUUGGGUCACCAGCACACUGGUUAAGCCUGUGGGUGGGUCCCUGUAACACUGUCACCUCAGCCACCAUGUGUGGUGCAGCCCAGCAGCAGGCUGUGGGCUUGUAUCCAGUGAUAGGUGCUGGGACCCUGUGCACAGGGAGGCUCCAGAGCGCUGGCAUUGGGAACAGCAAUUCAGGAUGGUCAAGUCCACAGGAGUUUGUUUCCAAUACCUGGACAGGGAUCUCAGCCCUGCGGGGUCAGCCUGAUUGCCAGCCACAGUGCUGGUUCUUAAGACAAAGAUUGUCCCCCAAACUGCACCUGCACCUUUGGAUGUUCCUUCCUGGGUGCCAGGACACCACAAAAACACUGUCUUCCCAGCCCACUCCACUCAACUCAAGUCUGGGUCAGUGCAAGAGGACCAGGAACUUUGUAAACUGCAGGUACGAUGAGCAUUUUCUCCCUCACUGUGCUGCUUACUCAACCAGGUGGUCACUGCUUUCAGAUCUGGACAAGUUUUAGGCUUUAUGGGCACCCAGCAGUGAGACUAGUCCAGGUCCUGGACAUGCCACCCUCCUGCCAUCCUCUGGCACCUGGUCUGCCAUGUGCUGUAAGCCUCUCCAAAGGUCCCCAGCUCCACCUGCUUCCAGCCCACACACCUUAGGAAGGCAGUUUCGUCACUGUGUCUUCCCUAGAAGGGAAUCCUCUCUCAGCUACUUCCUGGGUCAUGGAUGGGACAGAGGAGUAGAAUGUUAAAUGGACUUGCAGAUUCUGCUCUGGGCAUGCUUCUUUCCCCCAACAGCAACUGCAGGCUAGCUAUACGGGGCCAGAGGUUCCAACCUUAAAUCUGUUUCAUCACCUGGGUUCUUUUUGUACUGACAUGGACAUAGAGCAGGGCUGGCAUGCUAGGGCCUGUGGGGCUAAAUGCAGUCUGCUGCCUGCCUGUGUGCAGCCUGUUAAAAGUAAUCAAACAUGGGCCACUUGGCUGGGUGGCUUUGAAUGCCUUGGUAAGCACACAGCAGAUGGAAACCAAAGCCAGUCAAUUCCUGUAAAUGGGCCCCAUUGGAGAAAAGAAUUUAAGAACCACUUACAAACAGCCAUGAGGUUUUCCCAAAUAAGGCAAGUGCUUAAGCUAUUGCCAAACUAUUUCCUUGCUUUGUUUUUCUGUCUUCUCUUUGGAAACCUGCCCCCAGUAUCUGCGGGCACAGAACUAACCACUCUCAGUUUAGUGCUGCCUGGUUCUA